UUGCUCCGUGCUAGGCGGCUGCUCCGGGGAAGAUGGCGCGCACGAAGCAGACGGCGCGUAAGUCGACGGGCGGGAAGGCGCCCCGCAAGCAGCUGGCCACCAAGGCGGCCCGCAAGAGCGCGCCGGCCACGGGCGGCGUGAAGAAGCCGCACCGCUACCGGCCCGGCACGGUGGCGCUGCGCGAGAUCCGGCGCUACCAGAAGUCGACGGAGCUGCUGAUCCGCAAGCUGCCCUUCCAGCGCCUGGUGCGGGAGAUCGCGCAGGACUUCAAGACCGACCUGCGCUUCCAGAGCUCGGCCGUGAUGGCGCUGCAGGAGGCGAGCGAGGCGUACCUGGUGGGGCUCUUCGAGGACACCAACCUCUGCGCCAUCCACGCCAAGCGCGUCACCAUCAUGCCCAAGGACAUCCAGCUGGCCCGCCGCAUCCGCGGCGAGCGUGCUUAAUUUACUAGCAAACGGAUUUCUCAGACUACCGAAAACCCAAAGGCUCUUUUAAGAGCCACCACGUGGCCACUAAAGAGAGCUGUAAACUCUUAGUCCUGUGUGGGCAGCGAUGUGCUUCCAUGUGCUUUUCGGGCAGCUUUACAGUGACCGAGAGCCUGUAUCCCGCCGAGCUCUCAAAAAUAUUUGCUGAACUGAGUACAGAGGAAUUGUUUUCCAAGGAGUAUUAGUGAUUAAAAACUUGACAUUGAGUCCAGAAUUAAGCUUAAAUGGAGGAUCUUCCCUAUCCAUCAUAUUUGGUGAUUUUUGUGAACCUACCUGGAAAACAGGGUUUCUCCCUGCCUUCUUUUAAAGGCUGUGGACUGUUUGAUUAAAUACAGUAUUAUUUGGACUCAUUCUGAGACUUGAAUGCUUGAAUUGUGAAAAACACCAACACUCUAUCAGCUGAGAAGGAAACAGAUGUGCAAGGAUCUUUGCAGGAAGGGAGAGCCUGAGCUAAUGAAUACUGCCAGGUAGAAGCUGGCUCUGAGCAAGACCAGUGUGCUGACUAGCUGAGGACUGGUUUGCAAACUGCUGGUGCUUUGCCCUUGUGCCUGUUGGUAAUCAUAUAAGCUCAUCUGGGACACCCAGGCUGUGAAAACAGUGUGGAGCACAAAGCAAGGGACAGUAUAAACUAAAGCAAUUGAGAGAAGAGGAGAGGAAGAGAAGGAUCAGUCCUGGACCAAGAAGGCAUUCAGCUAUGGAGACAGCAGUUGGGAAAAGGAACAUAUCCAGGAAAAAAAAUGGAGCUCCUCUACAUGGAUAUGGACUAGUUCUCUUCCAGGAGAGAUGAUUUUAAAAGUCUAAGAGAGGUAACUACACAGACACCAAAGAAAAUGCAAGGGUUGCCAAUGUUUGGUGCUCUCAGGCUACUUGGGCAAUCUCAGUCUAGGCCAAUAUAACACAGAAGUUUCACCAGACCAAACAUGUCACCCCACCUCUGCAUCCAGUGCCUGAAAACUGUAACAGAGGCAGCAGCACUGCCAGGCCAGUUCUUGCUGUUUCACUGGUGGUUUAGGUACGUGUGUGCAGAGUUUGAGUUCACCUUGCAGCAGUACAAGUGCAGUCUACAGAGAAGUAAAAUGAACAGCUAAUCUAAUGUGAAGUAGUCAAUACUGAUUAUGUGCAAUGAGGACUGAAUAACAAUUGUAUGUAUAUGUGUGUCUGUGUGCAUGUCUAUAUGCAGUUACACAUUUUCAGAUAUCUGUAACUUCUAGGAUCUUUAGCCUUAGGAAGUUCUUAACUUAUCCCUAUAAAACUAUACCCGGUUUGAGGGCCCUGGAAUGAAUGCCUCUAAGAUCACAUUAGAUGUAUUUUGAAAUGUGUUGUAUUUAAUGAACACUUGUAUACAUUGUAUUUUAAGAAUAUUUCCAAAUACUGAUACCUUGUAUCCUCAAGAGUUUUUAGGGGGGUUGGUUUAAUUUUUUUUUUUUUUUUUUUUUUUUUUUUAAACAUAUUAGAAAUAACAUUUUGGAGUUACUAUUUAUCAGCUAUUUAACUAAAAGUACAGUUUAAAGUUCCCACUAAUUCACCACACUGUCCCAGUAUAGACGCAGAGCUCCACUACUGUACUAUAUAGCACAGCCACCCUCACCCUUGUUCCCCCGAAAUGCAAAGCAGAGCUCCCAGAACUUCCCUAGGACCCUCCAUGAGGCUCCUCCAGCUCUUUGCUGUUGCAAAAGGGAUAGUAUUGUAUCCUUUCUCCUCCUUGAGAUAUCUUUCCAUAACUCUUUCAUUUAUCUAUCAGUCCUAUGGAGGUCUUUACUUAACACUCUGAUUUGGGUUUUGGAGUUGCUAAUUGCUUUUGCUUUGUAAAUAGAAGAGGCUUAUCUGACUGGAGGCUGACACACAUGUGCUAAUGAAUCUAACACUUAAUUGUACAAGACUACUAGUUUAAAUGUAGGAAUCAGAGCUGACUGGUGGUGUUUAUAAGAAGAUGACUAAGCAGAAAAGCCAGGAGACCCUCAUAUCAAGGAUUAAAAAAACCAACCAACCAAACAACAACAACAACAACAAAAACCCCCAAAACAAAUGGGCUAUGACACUUCCUUAAAUGCUGUACUCACAAUUUCGAAACAGUCGGUUGCCUGAAUUAUAAACAGAUUCUAUCAAUAGAUUUACACAAUUUCAUAAAAGAAGGCUGAAGAGUUUUGAACAAGGUUGUCUGGUGAGGAAGGAAAUGGAAAAAGAUAACAACAGAUAUUUAAAGGAAAAAACCCUGCUGCAUUAUGUUUCUCUGUUUGGAAAAAGUAAUAUAUAUAAAGAUACAUAUAAAUAUAUACAUUCUCUAAAAGGAUAGCAAUUUCCUUUUUGCACAUGUAUCUAGUACACUUUCUGGGGCAUGAGGCAGGAUUGGUAAAGGUAAAGAACUAGGUAAAUUACCCUAAAAAUGUGUGAGCCAUUAUGAUUAAUAAGUAAGAAAGAUGCAGGGGGGUGGGAGGUCUAAAACUGAAACACAUUUUUUUUUCCUGUUUGCCAAAGCACUUGCGUAAAAUUAUGCCACUGAAGAUCUUUCAUAAAGCUAUGCGUUCUCAAGAUAUGAAGACUAAAUGCAAAUUAAAACAGAAGCCACACCAAAAGAAAAACCCUGAAAAGUUCUUCAGGAAAUUCUAAUUGUUACAUUUCUUGAAGACUUAUUUAUGUUUAUUUCAAUAUUGGUCUGUUAAAUGGGAAAGUGAUUUAUUAUUGCCAAAAUAACUAGAAAUUUGUAAAACUCUGUGCUGUUAAAAAGAAGAAAGGAAAAACCCUAAGUAGCCCAAACCAUUUUUUUCUUUUUUGACUAUGAAAUUGUGUUUAAUCUCAGUAUAAAUUAGUUUAAUAUUAUCUGUGUCAGGAAGUAAAGUUUCACCAAGUCUGCCUUAAGCCAAUAAAGUUAGUAAUAUUAGAACACUGAUCUGUAUUUUGCUGUUAACCAUUAACAAUAUGAGUAGCAUUCCUAUUUUGAGAGGCACGUGUUUAGCAAGGAGAUAACCCAGGCAUUAGUGUGAGAUUAUAGUAAUAGUUUUUUGUUUCCAUUGAGGUGCUGGGCAAGAAUGUGUCUCUUGCUUCCCCAGUAGGAAGCAUUCCCAGAACAUAACAUUGCAACAUGUGCUGCUUCCUUAUGGUCUGUCCUCUUAGAAGAAUUCCUUAGGCUCUCAGCUUUUCUCAUAAAGGUAAAAAAUAUGCUUGAUAGGUAAAGGCAUGACAGACAUACGUAUGUGUUUGUGUGUAUGCGUGUGCGCAUGUGCUGCGAGGAAAGAAAACCAAUAAACUGACCACGUUUUAAUCCGCAAGAAGGAAAUAGUAUGUUAUGUUUAAUAAA